AUGACCGAUGCGCAUCCUAACAGCAUUCAUGAACAAUCAGACCACCAUCUAGCUUCGGGGACAGAUUUAAGAACAGCUUCCAGCUCGCCAGGACAUGCCGCUACAUCUUACAGCGGCGUCCGAGACUCAAUUGAGCUACAAACGUUGUUGAGAAAGGCGCAUGAAGAUGAAAGCUGCAAUCCCAUAACACAGGGCGGCGACUCCUCCAGCGAGGCGAGUAGCGAGGCGAGUAGCGAUGCGGGUAACGAUGCGGGAUACCAUACAGGGUCGUUGUCGCGAGUGGCGAGCCUCUCCAAAUCGUACACUGUCAACGAGGAGAAGGCGGUGAUUCGCAAGUCUGAUAGGAGGCUUGUGCUUUUCAUGGCCCUGUUAUACCUAUUGAGCUUUUUGGAUAGAUCUAACAUUGGAAACGCCCGCAUUGCCGGACUGGAGACGUCCUUGUCGCUUCGGCCUGGGCAGUAUGCCUGGCUCUUGACAGCAUUCUACAUCACGUACAUCUCCUUUGAAUGGAUGACCCUUCUCUACCGUAUCGUCCCACCACAUAUCUACAUCUCACUUUGCGUCCUGUCAUGGGGCCUGGUCGCCUCCUUACAGUCCAUCUCUACAUCCUUCAGCUCGCUCGUCAUCUUCCGCGCUCUCCUUGGCGUAGCCGAAGCCGCGUUUGGCCCUGGCGUACCCUUCUACCUCUCCUUCUUCUAUAGACGCUCCGAGUUAGCCUACCGAGUCGGCCUCUUUAUCUCCGCAGCCCCCCUCGCAACCAGCUGUGCUAGUACUCUCGCUUGGCUGAUCGUCAAACUCUCUCAGCAUGGGCCCCUCGAACCCUGGCGUGCCCUUUUCCUGAUCGAAGGCUUCCCUAGCAUCAUUGUCGCCAUUUUCGCAUGGCACAUCAUUCCGGACUCCCCUGCGACAGCCAAAUACCUCACGGCCCGUGAACGCAAAGUCGCCAAACUCCGCCUCCAAUCCGAAGAGAAGCCAACAUCCUCUUCGAAAUACACCACCACGGCCACCAACUCCAACUCCACCCAAGCCAACCACCUCUCCCUCCCCGACCUCCUCACCACCCUCCGCUCACCCAUCCCCUACCUAACCUCCCUAAUGUUCUUCAGCGCCAACAUAUCCUUCAGCUCACUGCCUGUCUUCCUCCCCACCAUCCUCACCUCCCUUUCCAGCCACCCCUCCCCCUUAACCUCGCAACUCCUCUCCGCACCCCCCUACCUCCUCUCCUUCCUCUUCGUCCUCCUAAUCUCCCACCUCAGCGACACCAUCCCGCACUCCCGCGGUGUCUUCAUCAUAACCGCCUCCCUGCUCUCCUCGCUCUCCUACCUCGCCAUCGGCCUCGCAGGCCGCUACCACGCCCUCCUCGGACCCACUGCCACGCUCCUGAUCCGCUACGGCGGCGUCUUCGGCGCCGCAAUGGGCUUCUUCUCCGCCAUCACGCUGAUCAUCACCUGGACGCUGAAUAAUCAGCAGAGCGACACCGGGAAGGGGACCGGCCUGGCGAUUCUGAAUGUGGUGGGGCAGUGUGGGCCGUUGGUUGGCACGAGGCUUUACCCCGAAAGCGAUGCGCCCUUUUUUGUCAGGGGAAUGCUGAGGGAACGAGAGGGAGAGGGGGAGUUAGGAAGUGCGUAUACAGGUGAGGAUGUGGAGAUGGUGGGGUUGGGUGGUGGGGAUGAAGAGGAAGAGGCUGACGGAGAGGAAACUUCGCGGCAUUUGAUGGGGAGAAAAGGGAAAAGAAGAAAAAGGAAGGAUGGGAAGGAGAGCAGAGGAGGACAGAGCUUCGUUUACAUGUUGUAG